AUGAUGGAAAUUUAUUUUCCUAUGUUCAUGUUUAUAUGUACACAUAUGAUAAUCCUUGCAUCAGAUGAGAAUGAAAUUGUACCAUAUCAGAGUCUUUGUCAUCCAUCAACAAACAAUGGCGAAUGUUCGGAUAAUAUUAAUUGUAGAUGUUCUACAAUAGUACCAACAGGAGAACGAAUUUGUACACUUUCAGUAGAAUGCACAUCGGCGAUACCUUGUGAUUCGGAUUAUUCAUGCAGUGCAACAGAUUCAAUAUGUGUUAAAGAUAAUCGAUGCAAUGGCGCAUUCCUAUGCUAUCCAAUUGAACUAAGCAGCCCAGAAACAUGUCAACCACUAGCAACCAAUGAUAACAUAAAUAAUGUAUGA